AUGCCACUGAAGCCUGACAAAGCGUCCGACACACUUUCGCCGCCACCGGGCCCCCAUUCUCCCCGAUAUCAUUCAUUUCAUUCCGGGAGUGGAGCUCGCCUCACAGGCAAAGAUAUCUUAGUCUUUUGUGAUGGAUCUGGAAAAGACGGGAGAGCAGGUUCAGAAACUAAGACAAACGUUUGGAAGCUCUACGAACUGGCUCUUGCACAAAAAGGAACCGAUCAAAAGGGAUGGGGCGCUUUCCAGACUUCUACGUUGCGCCAACACGAAAUCGUCUAUCUACCCGGCGUUGGCUCAGGAUCUAACAGGAACCCUUACAACUUACUGGUUCGACUUUUUGGUUCCACAAUAGUUGAUAACAUAGUGGAUGCAUAUCUUCACGUCGCAAAACAUUACGAAGCGGGAAGCAAAGUCUAUCUUUUUGGCUACUCCAGAGGGGCGUUUGUUGUCCGCAAGGUUGCUAGUUUGAUAUAUCGAAUUGGCAUUAUACGUGAGAGGGAAGAUAUGCUCAAACUGUGGGAUCGUCACGAACGGCCUGUGGCAUGGAAUCUAAUCGAUUCAACCCCAAGAGGCUCCGCCAUAAGGAUUCAGGCGCUAAUUGUCUGGGACACCGUAGGUGCAAUUCGGUCCGUACAUCCCAAAAGCAAGAUGGAAGCAGACAUUUUAGGGAUGUCAGAUGCAGAGCUACCGCCAAACGUGGACCACGCACUUCAUGUAGUCGCUUUUCACGAAAACCGCAAGUUGUUCCGAGUGACUCUUUUUGAGCCCGAUCCUAAACAGCAGCAUAAACUAAAAGAGGUCUGGUUCCCAGGUGCCCACGCUGACGUUGGUGGCGGGGGACAUGUGAAGGCAGGGCUGCCCAGUAUCAACCUUAUUUGGAUAAUCAUCCCUCCGAUUGAUAGGGUGAACUUCAAGCGAAUUGCUCCUUAUUUAUAUCACACGAUGAACUCGAAUAUCCCACGGAAAUCCAAAGCCUGUCCCCCUCUGACGCUUAUCAUCAAUCUCCUAGUCCACGAGACGGUCGUGUAUCUUAAAAACUACAUGCCAGAUCACCUCGAUCCUAGGUCAGAACAUGAAUCAUCGAUGUUAACAGUAAGCGAUCUUAUUUCAAUCGGGUGGGAUAUCAAGGUCAGCCUUCUCGCUCGCAAUGCCUUUGAAACACUCAAAUAUGCGAAUGCCAUGGCCAACCGAAAACUCAAAGAGCAAGCGGCGCAGUACAGACAUAGACUUAGCUCUCUCCAAAUGUCUCGAGCACCACGCCCAUCGCUAACGGCAACCAGCCAGGCUCGGGGUCCCGACAUGAGCACUCUGCAAUCACAUCGGUCCGACACCAAUGGAGAUUUACCACCCAAUACUACUACACGGACAUUUGCGGUUUCACAGGUAGCCAGUCAUCGUCAUCGUGCAGGAUCGUACGUGCAGGUCCGUGUACAGGACCCUGUUCUUGCCCGGACGAAUUCGCAGAAAGUCAAAUCAGACACACGUCACACAGCCAGGCAUGACGCACCUUUAGCAGGCAUCGUGGCAUUCCAGGAGUUUGUCCCUAGAACUCGAGGCCCUCCUCCCAUGGCACCAUUGGCGGAUCGUUCGAAAUUUAAACCGAAAGGGAAAGAUCAUAUCAGCAGGGCACUCCGAAACGAAGUCUUACGUGAGGAUGGCAAGCGGGGUUCAUAG